CGGUAGGGAAUGCAAGCUGAAAAAAGGUAAGAAGUCCCUGGACUCUGUAGGGUCGAACAUUUCGAUGAAUAUGCCAGCUGCUGAUAGUAUGUUGAAGAGUCCUGAGGCUGAGGAUGCAGGUGCUGACAAUAUAGAUUCUGCUGCGGCAGCUGCCGCUGCUACUCCUGUUGAAGCGGCGAGCAAGGCGGAUGCCCAUCAGCGGGCUCCUGUUGAGUCAUCCGAUGGUAAUCAUCGUGGUGAAAAUCCAUGUGCGGAGAAUGACAGCCCGCCGAUCGAAGGCGGUGGUGCCGACGAUCGAGCAUGCGUUGCGAAAGGCGUGCAGUGCGGUGAUGAUCGGACCGCCGGUGAUGGCGACAAGCAUGAACUGAGCAGCAACACCGAGAAGAAGACGACUUCCGAUGGUGGCAGUGCCCUGAAAGAGAGGUCAACAGAUACGUCGAUGAAGUCAGACCCCACUCCAGAGAAGCAGCAAUUUGCAGGGAACGAGGGGGGCCGGCAUGGUGAGAGACGCAGCAAAAUAGAGGAAUAAAAAAAGGAUAGAACGGUAGAGAGGAGGGGUGUGAAACGGGGACACUCCGAGGAGGGGGAAGCAGAUAUCCAAGCGGGCACAGAGCGGAAAGGAGAAUUAGAGCGAGGAGGAGGAGGAGGAGGAGGAGGAGGAGGAGGGUUCAUUUGUCGAUUUUUGGAGAUGUUGUUUAUUUUAGAGAAGGAAAGAACAGAAAAGGGGGAGCAACUUCUCGUAAAUAAGCCGGGACAUCCACUUAUGGAUGCAGCACACUCUUGAUGGAGUUCCAGGGUGUGGUCGGGAUCAGGGAGAGUAAUUUAUAUUAUUAUAUAUGCCUGCUUUAGAGCUCAAACAAGCAGGGAAUCCGUCAGUUUUCCUUUUCUCGUGGAUUGUUUAGUGGACAUAAGUAGUUUCUGGUGGAUUGUUUAGUGAACAUAGUAGAUUAAUCUGGUGGAUUGUUUAGUGAACAUAGUAGAUUAAUCCGUUUGGAGCUCAAUUCUACGCCUCAGCGUGUAGAGAAGAACGACGUGUUAGUUGUAUCAACUUGUAUGUAUCUAUUUGUCGUUUUUUUUUUUUUAGUAGAAGUAAAAAGAGGCAUAUUAUUGACAGGUUAGGCUUCGAGUACAAAAACGGAUCAUCAUAGUGAGACUGAUCUUCGCUCUCGAUGGAGAAGGAUGAUGGUUGAAUCGGUCGAGUUAGGGUCCUGAAGCCUGAAUUCAGGGCAGCUCCCAAACGAGGAAGAUCUCGGUAAUUUGUCGUUCUUUCUUUUUUUCUUUUUUUUUAAAGUAGGGUCAGAAAAUGUGCUUUUUUUAGGGUUGGCAAAAGAGAUUUCUGAACGCGCUGUAAGGUUGGAGAAUCUGUCGUACGCGGCUGAAAUUGGGACGUGUGCUGUUAUUGGUUAAUCUAUGGAAUUUCCGACGAUGUGUACGUGUGCUGUUAUUAGUUAGUCUAUGGAAUUUCCCACGAUGUGUUAUACAUGCUGUGCUUCGCGCUUCUACUCUGCUUCGGCUUCUGCUUCUUAGGGAGCGUGUUGGAGCGUGUUCAUGCUAGUCCGAAUGCAUUGAAGAGAAAAGCACACACUUGUGCGAGUGAAGAAGAGCAGGGGAGAGAUAAAAGAGGAGGAAGGGGAAAUCAGAGAAGGGGAGAGGAGAAACGAUGUGUUGUACAUGCUGCUUCUCUCUUCUACUCUGCUUCGGCUUCUGCUUCCUAUGAAGCGUGUUCAUGUUGUUCGGAAUACAUCGAAGAGAAAAGCACGCACUUGUGCGAUUGAUGAAGAGCAGGAGAGAGAGAGAGAGAGAGAGAGAGAGAGAGAGAGAGAGAGAGAGAGAGAGAGAGAGAGAGAGAGGAGGAGGAUGUGGACUAAGAGAAGGGGAGAGGCGAGAAGGCGUGACGAUCACAGGCACUGUGAUGAAGGUUCAGCUGUUGUUGGGCAGAGGAUUGCUGUCUUUUUUGUACAGGCUUCGUCGAAGUUUCUCGGAGACAUCGUAGAAGAACAAGCAGGACAUUGCUGUGUUCCACAUCCAGUGAGGCGGGAAAGGAAUCGAAUCGUGGAACCUAUAAAGAGUAGUGGAACCUAUAAAUAGAUUGUAAGCUUCGUCGAAGUUUCUCGGAGACAUCGUAGAAGAACAAGCAGGACAUUGCUGUGUUCCACAUCAAGUGAGGCGGGAAAGGAAUCGAAUCGUGGAACCUAUAAAGAGUAGUGGAACCUAUAAAUAGAUUGUAAACGGUGGUGGGCGGGCAGUGCUGGGUGGAACAAAUGAAUACAGACGCU